AUGGUGAGACAAAAUCGAAUUAUCGAUGAAAGAGAAAAAACUAGAGAUCACUAUCUCCAUGUAAGCAGGCUGAUGAGCAUAAAACCCUCUGUCGACGUCAAGAAACCUGUAAAGCCAACUUGCAUUAAGAAUAAAUUAAAGAAGGAACUUCUUACAUAGAGUAAAUAUACGAUUAUUAAGUAUAUGUCUUUAGUGAAGAGCAGCGAAAUUCAGCAUGAAAAUCGUUUAUUGCUGAAGAAAAUGCUGUAAAUUGACUUGAAGCCUUAGAAUCUGAAUCCAAAGCGUUUGCUAUAACAAGACUAAUAUUUUGUAACUUAAAACAGCUAGCAGAGGAUUGGUAUUAAUUCUUACCACUCCCUUAACAGAGCAAUCAGGAUUAAAGACAUGGCAAAUGUUGUAGAUCACAACAAGAUACUUCUAAAAAAGCUAUAGCAAACUAACUCAUUUUACAAUUUCAAUGAAUAUGAGAAGGACAACAAGAACAAGAAGAAGCUUAGUCGAAUGAUUUCUAAGAACAGUGACAGAUUUUGUAAGAACCCCUACUUUUUACACUCAAUGGCUACAACAAAUAUCUCCACUUACAAUAUUUAAACUAUGGACCCAGAAAGCAUUAAAGGUGGAAAGAAAUCCUUUUUCAGCUCAUCAAGAAAAAGAUCAUCUAAUAGAACACUUGAGAUUAAUAUGUCUGCUAAUGAUAUGAACCUUGGAGAAAAGACAAGCGCUCCAAGAUUACCCAAGCAGAAAAGAAUUAGACCAAUGAGUGCCCCAAAAUACGGUUUUUCUAAUCUAAAUGGAUUCAGACUAAGGACUAGGUAUGAUAGCAAUGACCUUGGAAAGAUCAAAAGUUAGACUUAUGGUCAAGGCAGAUUUUCAGAAUCAAACACACUGCCUUAUAUUGAAAAUGACCCUUAUAGCGUUGGAGGAGGGACUAUAAUUAAUUUACAAGAUGAUAAUCAGCAUGCUAAUCAUUAGCUUAACAUAAUAAGUGAGGGUGAAAACGAGGGGCCUGCUGGUGUUUAUGAUUAAAUUAACAUUAAUUUGCCUAGCAACUAAGAUGGAAGAGGAUAUCCUAUAAAUAACUACAUGUAAAUUGAGAGCAAUAAUCUUCAAGAAGUAGAUCCUAAUGAACUUAAUGACAAUGAAAAUUUGGUCUCUGAUAUUCAAAAUUAAAACAUUUGA